AUGGCUCUGGCUCCAUCCUCGUUGCUGCUCUUCCUAGUCUCGUCGUCGGUGUGGGUGGCCUUAUCCUUACCAUCGCCGGUGGCGGCAGCAGAUGGGCAAGCAGGAGGAGAGCAGUGCCCGCCCUUUUCAUGCGGCGACGUGACCAUCUCCUUCCCGUUUGGGCUCAUCCCGAAGGGCGCCGAGCAGACCAACUGCGGCGCCGGGAUUGGGUUCCAGGUUCGUUGCUAUAACAACAACAUCCCAUACCUCGGAUACUAUCAGAGCGAGCACCGCAUGCAGAUCCACAGCAUAUUUAACCACAACCGCUCCUUGCUCAUCGCCGAUAGACUAGCAUAUUUGAAUAGGUCUAGCCCCGAAGGGUGCCGCAUCCCGACAGCCAACACCUCGUCCCGUCUUGUUCCUCCGUUCUCGGUCAGUCCCGUCAAUCAGAACCUCAUCUUCUACAACUGCACCAAGUCGCCGCCGCCAGGCGCGGGGCUCGUGGAGACGGUAUGCCACAAGAACACGUUUGUUCGUGCCGCCGAUGGGCGUCCCGACGAGUCAGCAGGCAGCUACUUUUUGGAGGACUGCAACGCUACCAUGGUACCGGUGCUCGGGGUGUCCGGCAAGGUGAACGCAACCAACUACGAGCAACUCGUCAGUGAUGGCUUCCUAGCGACAUGGCCGUGGCUGCCGCCGCCGCCGCCGCCACCGCCGCCAGGAGAGCUCUGCCCGACCACGCUAUGCGGCGGCGUGAACAUCUCCUUCCCGUUCGGGAUCGUCGCCGACCACGCAACGGAUACCAACUGCUUGGUGAUCGGGUUCCAGGUUCGCUGCUCUAACAACAUCCCAUACUUCGGGUCGAGUAGAUAUUCGCCCCGGAUUCUCGACAUCUUCUACGACAACUCCUCCUUGCUCAUCGCCGAUGUCAACAAGCUUGAGGACUUCCAUAGCUCCGCCACCAAGCCCUGCCACUCCCCGACGAACAACAGCUCCUCCAAGUUCGUCCCCUCGUUCUCGAUCAGCCCAGUUAACCAGAACAUGAUCUUCUACGACUGCGUGGAGCUGCCGGCGCCAGCGGUGCGCAAGAGCCGUGGGCUCGUGGACACGACGUGCGGGAACAGGACGCUGGUCGGCGUCACAGAGGGUCCCAACGUGCCUGGCAGCUACUUCUUGGAGGGCUGCAACGCUACCGUCGUGCCUAUGCUUGCGAGGCCCGGCGAGGUGAACCCAGCAAACUACACGGAGUUCAUCAGUGGCGGAUUCCUCUUGACAUGGCAACUGCCGCCGUCGCCAUCACCGUCUGGUAAGUUCGUAAUUGGAAUCAAGAACUACUACUAUAGGAUAGAGAGAAUUGCAUUCAUUUGGCACUGGUCUAAAAAUUGUCGAACACACCACAACUCCACAGGAACAUGA